AUGUGUGAGUUUUGUAAAGAAAGAUUCAAUUCAACAACAAGACUUGAAGAACACAAGCAAAAAGAAUGCACAAAAAUUACUGUACCUUGUCCGCUAAAAGAAUUUGGUUGCUCAGAACCGACAUGCCGAGCUCAAUUACCAGAACAUUACUUAACUGAAAGUCAUCAAAAAGCAAUAAUUAAGGCAAUACGACUUUUAGAAGCUAAAGCUCUCAACGAACCACACGAGCGAGUUCUAGGCAUGGAUAUUGAUAAUGGACAGAGUGCCUCUAGCACAAUAAUGGCAACUGCAAGUGAAAAUAUCAGUUCACAAAUGCAAGAAAUCGAUGAAACGAUAAACAUUCUUGCUGGUGGAAUUCAAACGUUAAACGAUGAUACACAACGUCUUAGUAGUGAAUCAAUCAAAUUACAAAGUUCAAUAGAAUCGUUGGCACAAUAUAUUGGAUCACUUAAAUUGAAUGCACAAGAGCAAAGCUCUUUUCUUGAUGGUGUCAAACCUAAUCAGGAGAUUCUUCAACAAGAUGUUGCAUCAUUAAAACAAAAAAUUGACGAUUUACAGUAUGUAUCUUAUGAUGGAACAUUGACAUGGAAAAUAUCAAAAUUUCAUAAAAACAGGAUGGAUGCACAAUCUGAACGGCAAACAUCGAUUUAUUCGCCUCCAUUUUAUUCAUCACCAACUGGCUACAAGAUGCGAGCUCAACUUUAUCUAGACGGUGAUGAAAAUGCUCGACGUACACAUAUGUCUUUAUUUUUCGUUUUAAUGCGAAGUGAAUAUGAUGCAAUCUUGGUGUUUCCUUUCAAUUACAAAGUCACAUUUUGUUUAUACGAUCAAACGCCUCAACAAAGACACAUCAUCAAUUCAUUUCGACCAGAUAUUAAAUCGAAUAGUUUUCAAAGACCACGAUCAGAAAUGAAUACAGCUAGUGGCAUACCUAAAUUCUUUCCAUUGGCAAUGAUUCAACAAGACGGCAAUCCAUACAUUCGAGACGACACAAUGUUUAUUAAAGUUAUGGUGGAUUUCGGUGACAUGCUAAAGACAUUAUUACCAUAUGCAUUGAGUCUGAAUCCUGGAUUGCCGAUGCAUAUCCAACAACCAUUGUUACCUGAACAAGCUGCUAUAUCAAAUAGCAAUGAUCUCGAAACAGAAACAAUCGAAUCAUCAGUCUAUUUAACAUCACCAUGCAAGGUAGCAAACAUUAAUGAUGGAUCGCAACAUCCCAAUCAUCCCUUUUGUAAGUUAUAA